ACCAACCUUUUUAUCUGUUAAGAUAUAGGCUUAUGGUCUUGCAAUUUGUUAAAAACAAACAAAUUGAAUAACUUGGGAAUUGAGGCUAAGAAGCUGUUCCGAUGGAUUUCCCCAGAUCUAACCACGCCGCUCUUCCCUCCUCUUCCUGAUUCUGCUCUGUUCCUUUCCAUGGCCAUGAUGGUGACUACUCCUCUGUGGUGUCUCCGGCCCCCUCCAGAUCCACCGCCGUUGUCGUUCCUUGGCUUGAUGCAGCACUGCUCCUCCUCCUUGAAGAUAAUGGUGACAGCUCUUCCUCCUCCGUCACAGCCCAGGUCUCCUCUAGAUCCGCCGCCGAACAAGCACUUUCCAGCUGAAACUCUUUCUCCCGUCAAGCCAGCAGAACCUCGAGACCCACCAGACGCCUCCGUCAGCCUCGUUCCUCUUCGAAUCUUCGUUACUGUUCACCUUAGUUCCUUACUCUCUGGUUAUCCCUAUUCUUUUGAAUGGGAUGCAAUGCUAGAUGUGUGGGUGAUUCGAGCUUUAGUUGGUAUUGUACUGAUAGACUCUGUGUCCUUUGGCUACAUCCUUAUGUCUCUUGGCUGUUUCUACUCUGCUAUAGAGUGUUCGCUGCCUAUUGCUUCUUGGUUUCAGAUCUGUCUAACUUCUUCCAGAGUGGAAUACUUAAUGUUAGUUUGCAGAUUUUCAGCUAGGUGGUGGUUUCAGAUCUUGAUUAUCACCACUCUGUUGAAACCAACUUCAACUUUCCUAUUACCAUUGGUUUUGUAUUGUUGCUGCUCAUGUGUGGUACUGUCAGCCUCUAGACUGGAAGAUUACUCAACAGAUGAUUCACUCUCUGUACUGUUCAAAGGCUCAACAUCUUGGUGUCACAUCUCUGCUAUUCCUAGUGUUGUCGAGAUACGAGGACGUCUCUGCAAUGUGGAUGCAGCUUGGGAUGCCAAGGCUAGGAACUGCGACAUUGGAGUCAUCUUCUCGGGUGAGAGUACCAUCACCCUACCAAACCUAUGCGAGUCUCGCAAUCAUGUAUCAUCAGCACUCAUGGCUGAAGCCAUUGCUGUUCGUCUUGCGGUAGCUACUGUCGUCUACUCAAACGUCCGAUCCCUUGCAGUUCUCUCUGAUUCUCUAUCACUCAUCAAGCUAUUGAAGAAUGGUGGAUCUCAGCCGGAACUUUUCGGUAUCAUGUUUGAUAUCUAUCACUACUUGUCUUACUUUGAUGUUAUAUCUUGCACUUUCAUUUCUCAAAACUUUAAUGGAAAGGCUGAUCCAGUGGCAAAAUCAGCUUUCUCUUUGGUUGUAACCAUACCCUAGUUGGGGUGUAAACUCUUCUAAAGUAAUG